AUGGGCCGCUCCACCGAGCCCGCGCCGCGCUGCCGCCUAGCUCGCCGCCCCCGGGGCGGACGCGAAGGGCUCGCGGGGAAGGGGACCAAACCCCUCCUCCUUCUGGCCGGGGAGACCACCACCUACCUCGGCAUCCCCCCCCAACUCUCUCAAAGCCCCUUCCUCCUUCUCCUCUUCCGCCCGGCAAAGUUAGCGAGGAUCCAGCAGCUUCGGCAUCUCACCCCAGUGGCCUGGCAGCAGUGGCGGCCGCCCCUGCGCGUCCCUCCCCGCCUCCCUCAGGCUCAGCCCAGACACUGCAGUGGCUGCAACUGCGCCAGUGGCCGCUCUUCUGACUCCGUGCUCUCCGCCCUCUCUUUCCAGCCAGCUCAGUCCGGCCAGCUCCCCAGAAAGGGGGCCUGUUCCCCCUCUGGCUCUCUGUCCCCCUGCCACCACUCCUCCACUCCUGAAACACUUCUCCGUCUGUUGCUCUUUUUCAUCACAUCCGGAUCAGGAGGCCUCGAACUCUUGGCGGGCCGCCCAAGGCUGGGGGCGGUGCAACGUGGGCUCCCUCGCCCUGCACUGUCUGGGUCAGGAGGCCAAAGCCGGAAUGGGCUGGCUCCGGGUCUUUAUUCUGGUCCAACAGGAACGUGGAUCAGUAAAACCAGUUGCACUUGCUUGAAUCAACUGGAGGCAUCCAGGCAGACAAGGUUGACAUCCCAGAGGACGCCCUGGCCCAGGGCCCCAAGCCAGGCCUUGCACAGUGAAUGGCUUCGGUGGCAAGAUAAACCUGUGGUCGGAAGUAAAAAGCCAACUAAGUACCUCACCUUCACAUCAGACCUGCUAUUCAAGGAGAGUAGAACUGCCAAGUUCCAAUCUAUUUUGCAAGUAUCAACAAAGAAAACACAGCUGGAAAUUGUGGACCAACUCUGGAAAAAGGACACAGACAAAAAAGAAGAAGUAGGACAGCACUACGGAGAUGCAGUGGAGCUAAGCCACGUGCAUGUGUGA